UCCCCCGUAAUUCCUCUGGCCGGGAGACGGGAUGGUGUUUUUUUGUGUGUUUUUUGUUCUCCCAGGCAACAGUUUUUGAGCAGCACGCCCUUUUUUAGUGAGGUGGGACUUAAACUCCGCCAGGACUGAUCCUGACUGAGAGUGAGCCGGGACACCGGCCGGGCAAGGAGUGGAGUCGACAUUGUCUCUCUUCGAGGUGCGUUUUGAGGAACAGAUUCCAAAAUGAAAUUUCGGCUUAGUCUAGUUGUUCUGUGGAUGCAGUUUGGAGUUGGGGUUGAAUCUGCAGUCGAGAACGCCAUUACAGCAAUCUACGGCCAGUUUGUUGUGCUGGGGUGCAGUUUCACCGUGAGUAACAAGUCGUCUUUGGAGAAGUUGUAUAUCACUUGGCAACGGAAAAAAGCUGAAAACGUUGUCCAUAGUUACUACUAUGGAGAAGAUCAAUUACAAUAUCAGGAUCCACGAUACGCAGGCAGAACAAGCUUAUUUCUAGAAGAGUUGAAGAAUGGGAAUGCUUCCCUGAAAAUCCAAAAAUUAACAUUUCAAGACUCUGGAUCAUAUGAAUGUCACAUCGAUUACAAACCUAAACCUGAUCCAAGUUUUGUAUCGGUCAACGUUGUAGCUCACUACGAGGAGCCAAUUUUGGAGAUCACACAGAAAUUGUCCAGCUGCAUUUUAAGUUUCAAAUCCCAUGGCUAUCCUAAGGCUAAUGCUUCUUGGUACAAAGGAGACAAUUUGAAUCAUUCCCUUUCAUCCAACUAUUCGUCCUACACAUCUGAAGAUGGAUUUUAUUGGGUUCAAAGCAAAAUGGAAAUCAAUGUCACAGAAAAACCUUCAUCCUAUACAUUUGUGCUAAGAAACCCUGCUCUCAAUCAAACUAUUUCUAGGACACUACAUCUUAAUUCGGAAAGCACCACUGGAACACCUCACCCUCCCAGCAACUAUCCUUUAAUCGCGAGUUGCAUUCUAAUGAUGCUACUCAUGAUAUUUGUUUUAUUUUGUUCAUAUAGCAGCACUCAAUUAAAGAAACUAGAAAUGCUAAUGGUGAACUGACCUGAGACUAUUUUAGAUUCCAAGAAGCCUAGUUUCUUCUAUCAAUUCUGUGAGAUGUGGAACUACCUGCUGCUUGGGUUCUUUGCCUUGAGUUGUCUUGCUUGUCUGGGUGGUUGGGAUGUCUGUGAGUGACUCGAUAACAAGAAAGGACUUGCCCUCAGUGAUAUGAAUGUAACAGAAGUGUGGUAACCAUCUGUAUUCUUGCUGAGUGCGGGACAUGCAGCGGGACAUAAGAGAUACACUUGCAAUCAUGCUGAGAGUUUAACAUGGAUGGAUCUGAGUGCAAUCAUGUGGAUAGUUCCACAUGGAAUGGAUAGUUGUAUGUGUAAUGGGAUUGAGGGAUCUGCAAUCUGAUUGAAUGUGCCCGGUGUAAUUGAAUUGUACGAUCGACCUAGAAUGACACGAAGAGUUAUUGGCACAUUGGGACUGAGUGGUUUAAUCUCUUCCUUGUACGGGGACCCGACUUUUUCCUUGUCGGGUCUCCGGUGUCAUUGGGCCUAACAUCGUGGAGCCGGCGGCAGCCUCCAACCAGAACCAACCUGAGGGCUCCAGUCACGGAGCCUGCGGACUCGCC